UCUUCCGAAAAAACCGGAGAUGGAUCAGUUCAGGCAGAUUGGGGAGGUUUUGGGCAGUUUGAAGGCAUUAAUGGUAAUGAAACACGAAAUAUCGAUCAACCAGAGACAAUGCUGCCUGCUUUUCGACAUGUUGGAGUUAGCCUUCGAGACAAUCUCCGACGAAAUCCGACAGAAUCUGAAGCUCGAAGACAAGAACACCAACAAGUGGAAGCCCCUCGAGUUUCCGAUGAAGGAGCUCCACAAAGUGUUCAAAGAAUGCGAUCUCUACAUACGACAAUGCACCGACGUAAAAGAAUGGUGGGGCCGAGUAAUUAGCCUCCACAUGAAUAGGGACUGUUUGGAUCUCCACAUACAUAACCUCCUCUCGUCUUUCCCCGUCGUGAUCGAAGCGAUCGAGACCGCGGCAGAAAUCUCGGCCCUCGAUCAAGAAGACAUGCAGAAGAGACGAAUCUCCCUCAUGCAGAAGUACGACCAAGAGUGCGACGACCUAAAACACUUUUUGUGGAAAUUCGGCAGAGAGUACUUAGUCCCGAUAGAGAUAUGCGCCCGUUUAGAAAACGCUUGGAGCGAAGACCGUUGGCUCCUAGUCAAGAAAAUCGAGGAUAACAAAAAAACGGGGCCCAUCGGUGAAAUCUUGAUCAGGAAAAUGAAGAAUGGGGAUUCGUUGGAUCGGAAGCUUCCGUCGAGCAACGUUUUGGUGGGGGCCCAAGAUUAUUUAGUGAAGCGGCGUUUGGCUUCGACGGGUGGGAAUCUGAAGGAGAUUCAUUGGAUGGGGGAGAAUUAUGCGUUGAGGACUUUUUACGGUGACGUGGGCCCGUUGUAUUCCGAGAUUUCUACGAUUCUUUCGCUUUCGCAUCCGAAUGUGUUGCAGUACCUUUGCGCCUUUUACGAUGAGGAUCGGAAAGAAGGGUUUCUUGUGAUGGAGCUUAUGAGUAAGGAUCUUGGUUCCUACAUAAAAGAAAAUUCCGGACAGAGAAACCGGGUCCCGUUUUCUAUACCAAUUGCUGUCGAUAUUAUGCUGCAGAUUGCUAGAGGGAUGGAAUAUCUACACUCGAAGAAAAUCUAUCAUGGAGUUUUGAAUCCUUCGAGCGUACUUCUAAAGGCGAAAAACGCCUCGAUUGGAGGGUUUCAAGCUAAAGUUGCGGGGUUCGGUUUGAGCUCGAUCAAGAGCUACUACACUUCGAAAAGCCCUAAAAAAACGGGGGUCGAUCUCGAUAUUUGGUUAGCACCGGAGAUUUUAACCGAAUUAGAAGGUAAUAAAAACAUUUCCCCAAACUACACCGAGAAAGCCGAUGUUUAUAGUUUCGGGAUGCUCUGCUUCGAGCUUCUAACGGGGAAAGUUCCGUUCGAAGAUGGCCAUUUACAAGGCGAGAAGAUGGCUCGUAAUAUACGAGCUGGCGAGAGGCCUCUUUUUUCGUACCCUUCUCCGAAAUACUUGACAAAUCUCACGAAAAAAUGCUGGCAGACGAACCCUAAUUUACGACCGAGUUUUUCCUCUAUAUGUAGGGUUUUACGGUACAUCAAGAAAAUCCUCGUCAUAAAUCCGGACCACGGCCACCCCGACUCUCCGCCGCCACUAGUGGACUACUGCGACAUGGAGGCAGGGUACUUGAAGAAGUUUCCGGAAAAGGGGGGCGCGGGGGUUUUGGCCCCCCCGGUUCUGCAGAUCCCGUUUCAGAUGUUCACGUACAAGAUAGUGGAAAAGGAGAAAUUCUACUCCAAGAAAUGGGAGAUUCAUAGGCCAGCUUCGAUGUUUGACGAAGAUCAUAAUAUGGACGAUUUCUUGCUUGCGCCGAGCGAUCGGAGGUCCGUUUGUUCGGAGAUUAUCGACACCAAGAAUUCCGGCAUUGCUGUGGAUAUGAGGUCCGUUAUUUCCGAGAUUCCGCAACGGAAAAUGCACCCGUUGGAUCAGAGCUCGUUUGGUUUGGAGAGUCCUAGGAGGAAACUUUCGAGUAAAUCGUUUAAUCUGGAGAGGAGAACCGACCAGAAUUUCACUAGUCGGGAGCUGAGAGAGGUUCUUGAUAAAGCGAUUAUAGCAUCCAAAGUAGCGGAAUCUUCUCAGUUAGUGACGAAAGUGACGGAGCAGAAAGCGGAGAGUACCGAGAUUCUUGAAAAGAAACAGUCUUUGAGACCAAUAGUUGACCAAAAAACGAAAUCUUUGGAGGGGGAAAUGAUACUGCGGCCGACGAGAAAUCGGAAAUUAAGCGAGAUUCCGGAGAAGAUAGUGAAGAAUGGAGAAUCUAUAAAGAACACCGUUGAAAAAACCGAGGAAAAAACCGAGGAAAAAACUGGCAAGACAACCGUGAUCAUUAAACAGAUGAAAGAUGUAAUAAAGACCAAGAAAAUUGAAGAAACCCGAAACAGGAAAACGAGGCCCGUUUUCUCCGCAGCUUCAUCUCCAGCGAGAGCUUUCGGCCAAUCAGAAGCACCGAAAAACGAGCCGAUCAGAAUGAAGAAGAAAACUAUGUCCGUUUCUUCGCCAGCUUCUUCUCCGUCUAGGGUUUUCAGAAAGUGCAGCCAAUCAGAAGCAUCACCGAAAGACGAGUCGCCGUCAAGAAUGAUGAUGAAGAAGAAAAGUGCACCCGUUUCUUCGCCAGCUUCUUCGCCUUCCCGAACUUUCGCCACGUGCGCUUCUCCUUCGCCGAGACAGGUGUCGGCCUGUCAUUCGUCGGUGGAGAAUAAUUCUUCUUCGUCGCCACUGGACCCGUUCGGGCGGUGCUCGAGACUCGGUAGACAGACCUCACUUCCGGACGUGACUGUGGGCCCACAAAGACCUAAUCUAGAUCGUGUUUCGUCUCAUGUAGCAUAGUUUUUUUUUUGUCUGAACUACACAAAUGUAAUAUGUUUUAAGGAAGAAAGAAAGAAAAAAGGCAAUGCAGUUUAA